AAUAAUUAUCUUGAAUGUAAUUCUAAUAUGUUAAUCGGUGCGAUUAAGAAACAUGUCCGUUUAAAAUAUUUUGUUACAAAUUGUUCUAAAGUGAGAAUCACUUUUUAUGACAAUAAAUUAAAAACAACUGCAAGACUAAUUGAUGUCAUCAAGUCCGUUGGAUUAGAAAAAGGAUCGAUACUUUGUCUUGGUGUGGAAAUUUAUGUUAAUAAUAAAGAAACAAUAUAUCCUUCUGCAAACAUAAAAUUUCCAAAUCUCGCAGAACUUAGAGAAAAAGUAUCUAAAAAGAUCAAUCAAUCUGCACUAAAUUCUAUUUAUUCUAAAAAUUUAAAUAAUGAUACAACAUUUAAAGAUUAUGAGAUAGCGGAAGACAAUCCAUGUGUUAAAAGAAAAAUAUCGAGCUCUGACAAUCACUGGGAAACAUUCUCUAAACUUACAAGUGGUCCGCUUUCGAGUAUUUUUUCUUGUCAAAACCAUAGUCAGCCGAAAAAAACCGCAAAUUGCGAAAGAAUGAGUAUUUCAGAUUCCUAUGAACCUGAUUCAAAUGAACGAAAUAAUAUUUGUUCUACCUUCGUUGUUCCUCAAAUAAUAAGUAAUAAAGAAUUUAUUCUCAACGAAACGAAGGAAAAUAUUAAAACCAAGCCAAAAAUUGAAUUUGGUAUUGAAUCCAUAAUCGCAGAUGAAUAUUCCUCUAAUCUGAUUUAGUUUUGGAUAA